CGCUACGUUCACUGUCGGUUGCGUCUCGCGGAGGCUCCGUCCUCGCGCUCCUUUCUCCUGUCAGUCAGAGCCGAGAGGACUAUGACUGAUAGACCCAUCUCGCAGUUCAAAGUGAUUCAGCUGGGAAGAUAGAACGCCGGUGACCUACAUCCUCACACCUCCUCCACACACACAAACAAACAAACACACACUCGCCACACAGGCAAAAUGAGGACUUUCUUACUGGGCGUGCUCUGGCUGUGCCUGGGCCUGUCGCUGGACGCCGUGUCCUUGAUUGGGCAGAGGAGGAUGGAGACGGGGGCCGGAGCGGCGGCCAGAGGAGAGGGGCUGCUCAAAAGAGUGAGGCGAGGCUGGAUGUGGAACCAGUUUUUCCUGCAAGAGGAGUACACGGGCAGUGACUACCAGUACAUUGGCAAGCUCCAGUCGGACCAGGACCACGGCAACGGCGUGGUGAAGUACGUCCUGUCCGGCGAGGGCGCCGGCACCGUCUUCGUCAUCGACGAGAACAACGGGGACCUGCACGCCACCCGCCGCCUGGACCGCGAGGAGAAGGCCUUUUACGUCCUCAGGGCCACGGUGGUCAACAAGCGCACCGGCCAGAAGCUGGAGCCGGAGACGGAGUUCACCAUCAAGCUCCACGACAUCAACGACAACGAGCCGCAGUUCAGCAAGGAGGUUUACACUGGCAGCGUGCCAGAGAGGUCCGACAUCGGGACAUCAGUCAUCCAGGUGACGGCGACAGACGCUGACGACAGCAUGUACGGGAACAGCGCCAAACUGGUCUACAGCAUCAGCCAAGGACACCCGUACUUCUCCGUGGACCCAAACACAGGCCUGAUCCGGACGGCCCUGGGCCCCGGCGACAUGGACCGGGAGCAGCGGGAGCACUACCAGGUGGUGAUCGAGGCCAAAGACAUGGCGGGGCAGAGGGGCGGGCUCACCGGCACCACCGUGGUCAACAUCACCCUCACCGACGUCAACGACAACCCGCCUCGCUUCACCCAGAGUAUUUACCAGUUCGCAGUUCCCGAGUCCUCCAAGUCGGGCACCCCAGUCGGCCGAAUCCAGGCCACCGACAGAGACAUCGGCAGGAACGCCGAGAUGUUCUUCACCAUCGUCAGUGGAGACGGGAUGGACAUGUUUGACAUCUCCACCGACAAAGACACUCAGGAGGGAGUCAUCACCGUCAGCAAGUCUUUGGAUUACGAGAAGAAGCAGUCGUACACGGUGGAAAUCCAGGUCCAGAACACGCAGAUGGACCCUCGCUUCAUGUCCUCCAACUCCAAGGACAUGGCCACGGUCCGGAUCGCCGUGGAGGACGUGGACGAGCCGCCGCUGUUCGACAAAGCCAGCUACGUGAUGGACGUGAAGGAGGACGCCGCGUUAGGCGCGGCGGUCGGCUCGGUCAGCGCCAUGGACCCCGACAGCGCCCGCAGCAUGGUCAAGUACUCCAUCGAUCGGCGCACCGAUAUGGACCGCCUCUUCAACGUCCACCCGGGAAACGGAUCCGUGUUCCUGCUCAAAAGCCUGGACCGGGAGGAGAAUCCCUGGCAUAACAUUUCAGUCAUCGCCACAGAGUUCAAUAACCCCCGCCAAAUCAGCCACGUCCCCGUCUACAUCCGCCUGCUGGACAUCAAUGACAACGCUCCGACGUUCGCCACCGUGUACGAAACCUUCGUGUGCGAGAGGACCAAGGCUGGCCAGCGGAUCCAGACGGUGAGCGCCGUGGACGCCGACGAGCCGUCGGCGGGACACAAGUUCUUCUUCAGCCUGGCGUCCGAGGGGAACCACCGCAGCAACUUCACGGUCCGGGACAAUGGAGACAACACCGCCGGCAUCCUGACUCGCCGAGCCAGCUACAGCCGCCUGCUGCAGAGCGUCUACCUGGUGCCCGUGGUCAUCACCGACGGGGACUACCCCAUGCAGAGCAGCACCGGGACCCUCACCGUCAGGGUGUGCACCUGCGACCGCGAGGGGAACAUGGAGCUGUGCAACGCCGAGGCCCUGAGCAGCUCGCCCGGCCUCAGCACCGGGGCGCUCAUCGCCAUCCUGCUGUGCGCCAUCAUCCUGCUGAUGAUCGUGGUUCUGUUCACGGCGUUGAAACGCCAGAGGAAGCAGGAGCCCCUCAUCAUCUCCAAGGAGGACGUCCGGGACAACGUGGUGAGCUACAACGACGAGGGCGGCGGCGAGGAGGACACCCAGGCCUUCGACAUCGGCGCGCUGCGUCACCCGGACGCCGCCGCCGCCUUGGAGGAGUCCGCCAAGCAGAGGCGGGACAUCAUCCCCACCGACACCCUGCUGUACCCGCCGCACCGCCACGCCGCCCCCUCCGGCCUCAUCAUGCCCCCGGUGGCCAUGGCCUCGCGCGACAACGGCGACGUGCGCGAGUUCAUCAACCAGCGGGUGCUGGAGAACGACUGCAACCCCACGGCGCCGCCCUACGACUCCCUGGCCACGUACGCCUACGAGGGCGCCGGCUCGGUGGCCGAGUCGCUCAGCUCGCUGGGCUCGGCGUCGUCCGAGGCCGAGCAGGACUACCACUACCUGAGUGACUGGGGGCCGCGCUUCAGGAAGCUGGCCGACCUGUACGGCGCCGAGGACAGCGACUUCUCCUAACAGAGACACGGCGGGCGCGCUUCCACGUCAACCGCGGGUUCAGGCAACAUCUUGACCGAUGCGGGACCCGGGACGGCGGCAUCCCACUGCGAGCGUCAUCGUACAGACUCUGAAUGUUGCCGAUGAGCUUUAAGAAACCGCGAGAACUCGACAAAACACACACACACACACACACACACACACACACACACGACGAACCGGAUUUUAAAGAUCUCCAGCUGACCUUCGGCCUGCCUUCGCUGCACACUGAUCCACAAAUGGAGCUUACCGAGUCCGUUUAGCGGGGGGAAGAAAAAGACCGAAAUAUUCUAUUUUUUGGAACGGGAACUCGUGGAUGUAGAAAUGUAAAUCAACCAGCACAACGGUGGAGCCCAAAGAUCUUCGGUUCCACCAGCGUGAACCUCCUCAACCACUCAUUUCAGGCCUGACUGGAGCUCAGAAUCAAAAUUGGACUGUAUUUUUAUGGAGAAUUGGACUUUUAAUACCUUCUUUGGCUUUGCUUUAAUCUCUCGCGGGUUACCAAAUAACUAUUCAGCAGAGUGUUUCUCGUGGCUUUACAUGUGCCAUCUGGAAGCCAAACCCAGCGGAGCGUUUGGAGCCGGGUCGGUCUACAGAACGCCGGCGCAGUGGCUCUGGGACGGGAGCAGACUGACGGACCCGCCGCUGCAGACGUGUGCGUGGAGUGCGUGCAAAGACAACAUCUUUGUUCUUUUCCUUCUUCGACUAAGUGCCCUUCUGCUGCCCUUCGAGCUGAACUGUGGACGCCUGUCGGCCGGCUGACACUGGAGGGGGCGAACGACUCUUCUAUGAUUGCUUUUUGUCUAUUUUUGUUUUGUUUUGUUUGUUUUGUUUGUUUUUUGUUUUGUUUUUUUGCUGUCUUGUAUAAAAUGACCAUUCCAGAGGAAGUUGUUCUGAAGGAUCCUCGCUUGAUAAUCGCCUUCUUCGGGACACAGAGUAAAAAGAUGACAGCUUGUGUGACUGAAUGCACUGAUUUCUUUUCAUUUAAGGGUUUGUUUGUUUUUUGGGAAUCUUUGUUAUUGUUUGUUUUGGGUUUCUGUGCUGCUCACAAAGAGAAAAUCCACGUUCAAUGGAUCAUUCCUUGAUAUUGUGUCAGAUCUGCUUCAACUGGAAGCCUCUACAUCUAUACAUUUCACAGGAGAACUUAUUUCUCUUUGCCCAAACUGGACUUCACUCAGUCGUUAUGCUGUUAUUGAAUAGUGUUUCUUUUGGUGUUUUGCCGAUGCGGUCAGGCUGUCACUUCUCAGACAUCCCGAGCACGAUUUAAACUACCACUCCCCACUAAUCAAACACACCUCGACCUGUUCAAGCUGUUAAAAAUGCUACGUCAAGCAAUUAUGUGACAAUGUAUUUGGAACCAAUAAAGGAAACAACCUGUGAUUUCUGUGGAGAUUAGUCUGCGGCAGCCGAUCCAGACCUGUGCUGUGAGACACUUCCUUCAAAGCUGACUUGGUAGAUUAAACAUUACAGCCAUUUGCAACAAUGCUAACAAAUAAAAGCGGCUAAAUUUCAAUUGAUGAUCGCUUCAGUCUUUGUUGGGUUUUGUUAUUGUUGAUGGUGCUAUUUUCCUUCAUAAGUCAUUGUCCUUUAUUUAUAACAUGCUAAUCAAAGAAUUUGAAUAAUGGAUUUUAAGUGAAUAAACUUCCUCUGAUUUAUAAAAACAAAAACUGGUGGUUUGUACCACAAAGCUUUUCCCAAAUGGCCUCAAAUCCAUCUUUUAAUACAAAUAAUGCUACCAAACACACAAAGUUAAAGCCGACAUGUGAUCACACCUCUUCAUUCGUUUCAUUAGCAAUUCAUCAUUUAGUCUGUAUUUUGUUUGGCUGGUAUUGGAAGCAACUUCUAAAAAUUUCCCUGCACAUACCAUCCAGAACCAGCAGAUGGCGCUGUCUGACAACUGAAUCCUGCAACUUAAGUGAAAUGUUGCUUUUAAUCAAUGAAAAUGAUUUUUAAAAUGCAACAGAAAAAAAGAAAGCAGCAGGAAGAGAGGUCAGAAUGUCUGAAAAGUGAAUAUUUCCUACUGACAUUGUACUCACUUUGACCACUAGAGGUCACAGUUUAGUGAAACAUUUCUCACGUAAACAGCUUGGACAAUCCACGAUGAAUUACUCAACGUAAUUAAACACUGGUUAGUUAUACCACCCGUGCAAACCCACAAUUUUAGAGGAAUUAGUUAAGUUUUCUUUUUUUUUUUUGAUGAUUCUGAUGGAUCACGUCAGGUGGGUGUGGUCAGUUCAGAAAAGCUACAUGCUACCUUCAUCAGUCCAUUUUUUCAUGAGUUUUGCAUGAAAAACAAGAACCAGAGCUGACUUUCUUCUUCGGGAAAACAAACGUUUCUGUAUUCGUUCUCGGGUUUGUAUCUUUCUUUCCAGGGAGACUCAUUCGGGACGAAUCCAAACGCUAACGGACAAGGUUCCCUCCUUGUACGUCGAGGUUUCAUGUUUCUGGAGGAAAGUGACAGCCUUACUUCACAGCCAGCACCACAACUUGAAUGUCUUUCCUUGACUUUCAGUUUCUUAUUAUUAUCUGUUUCCUCCCAUAUACUCACAUAGUUUCACGAUAGCUUCCAGAAGUUUUUUACCCCGAGGAUUCUGGCACAGUUGUCACUCGCUGCUUUGUAUGAAACGAUAUUAGAAAAAAAAAAAAAAAAGAAACUUCAAGCCUCCUCCAGUGAUUUAUUUGCUUGAUUUAA